CCGGCUUCGCCUCCCGCUGCCGCCGCCUCCGCCGCAGCCGCUGCCGCCGCUGCUGCCGCUUCCCGCGGCCUGGGCCUCCCGCCGCCAGCAUGCCUCACGCCUUCAAGCCUGGGGACUUGGUGUUCGCCAAGAUGAAGGGCUACCCGCACUGGCCGGCCCGGAUCGAUGACAUUGCUGACGGUGCUGUGAAGCCCCCACCCAACAAGUACCCCAUCUUCUUCUUUGGUACACACGAAACAGCCUUCCUGGGACCCAAGGACCUGUUUCCCUACGACAAGUGUAAAGAUAAGUACGGGAAACCCAACAAGAGGAAAGGCUUCAAUGAGGGACUGUGGGAGAUCCAGAACAAUCCCCAUGCCAGCUACAGCGCUCCUCUGCCGGUGAGCUCCUCCGACAGCGAGGCCCCUGAAGCAGACCCAGUGGGCGGGAGCGAAGACGAGGAGGACCGGGGGGUCAUGGCUGUGACUGCCGUGACUGCCGCAGCUGCCAGUGACAGGAUGGAGAGUGACUCGGACUCGGACAAGAGCAGCGACCACAGUGGCCUGAAGCGGAAGGCAGUGGCCUUGAAGAUGUCGGUCUCAAAACGGGCUCGAAAGGCCUCCAGCGACCUGGAUCAAGGCAGCAUGUCUCCAUCCGAGGAGGAGAACUCUGAAAGCUCCUCUGAGUCGGAGAAGACCAGUGACCAGGACUUCACCCCUGAGAAGAAAGCCGUGGUCCGGGCCCCGCGGCGGGGCCCCCUUCCAGGACGGAAGAAAAAGAAGGCGCCCUCAGCUUCUGACUCAGACUCCAAAGCAGAAUCAGACGGGGCCAAGGCUGAGCCGGUGCCCAUGGCGAGGUCCGCGUCCUCCUCGGCAUCCUCCUCUUCCUCCUCCUCCUCUGACUCAGAGGUGUCUGUAAAGAAGCUUCCUCGGGGCAGGAAGCCAGCUGAGAAGCCUCCCCCCAAGCCCCGGGGGCGGAAACCGAAGCCUGAGAGGCCGCCGACCAGCUCAAGCAGCGACAGCGACAGCGACGAGGUAGACCGCAUCAGCGAGUGGAAGCGCCGGGACGAGGAGCGGCGGCGCGAGCUGGAGGCCCGGCGGCGCCGGGAGCAGGAGGAGGAGCUGCGGCGGCUGCGCGAGCAGGAGAAGGAGGAGAAGGAAAGGCGGCGCGAGCGGGCUGAGCGCGGCGAGGCCGCGCCCGGGGGCAGCGGGGGCAGCAGCGGCGACGAGCUCAAGGACGACGACGAGCCUGUCAAGAAGCGGGGCCGGAAGGGCCGGGGCCGCGGCCCCCAGUCCUCAUCCGACUCGGAGCCAGAGGCCGAGCUGGACAGAGAGGUGAAGAAAUCUGCGAAGAAGUUGCAACCGCAAAGCACAGAGCCCGCAAGGAGACCCAGCCAGAAGGAGAAGAGAGGGCGCUCUGAAGAGAAGCCUCGAGCCAGGCCCGUGAAGGUGGAACGGACCCGGAAGCGGUCGGAAGGGUUCCCACCGGACCGGAAGGUUGAGAAGAAGAAAGAACCUUCUGUGGAGGAGAAGCUUCAGAAGCUGCACAGCGAGAUCAAGUUCGCUCUGAAGGUUGACAAUCCGGAUGUGAAGAGAUGUCUGAAUGCAUUAGAGGAACUGGGGACCCUGCAGGUGACCUCACAGAUCCUCCAGAAGAACACAGACGUGGUGGCCACACUGAAGAAGAUCCGCCGCUACAAGGCCAACAAGGAGGUGAUGGAGAAGGCUGCGGAGGUCUACACACGGCUCAAGUCUCGGGUCCUGGGACCAAAGAUCGAGGCCAUCCAGAAAGCAACCAGAACUGGGACGGAGAAGGAGAGGGCCGAGGUGGAGAAGGCCGAGGAGGCGCUAGCUGGAGAGGAGGCCCCCACGGAGAGGGCGGAGGACGAGGCGAGCACUGAUCUCUCAGCCCCUGUGAACGGUGAGGCUGCGUCCCAGAAGGGGGAAAGCACGGAGGACAAGGAGCAGGAGGAAGAACAGAACUCAGAGGAGGGGCCAGGGGGCGGCUCCUCCGAGGACCUGUUACACAAUGACAGCGUGCGGGAGGGCCCGGACCUGGACGGGCCCGGGAAGGAGCUGCAGGAGCGAGAGAGGGUGCGGAUGGACUCGGAGUCCCUGGACGACGAGGACAGCUGAGCCCGGCAGCCUGCGGCCAGGCCCCGCUGCCACAUGCAGAUGGCCCGAGGCCAGCCUGGCUCCUUCCCGGCGCCCGGGGAGCAGAGAACUGUUGGGGAGACGCUGUGCUGUUCGUUUGUAUUUGUCCCCGUGGGUUUUUUUCUGCCUAAUUUCUGUGAUUUCCAACCAACAUGAAAUGACUAUAAAGGGUUUUUUUAAUGAAAAAAAAAGUCACUUUUA